AUGGAGGAAGCUCCAGCUUCAGUUCCAGCUCCAGAAGAAAUUGUGGAGUCAUCGUCGUCCAAAGACCAGACCCACAUCGUCAAAGGCAAGCGAACCAAGCGACAAAGGGUCCAGUCUCUAAUCCCAACUGGUCUAACCCCCAUCACCAAUUCAUCAAGUGGGGAUAAAGACUAUGAAUAUGAAUAUCAAGAUGGAUUAUUGGAAGCAGAGGACGCGGACAUGGACUUGGUGAAUUGCCUACUCCUUCUUGCGCAAGGCCAGUCGAGAAUUUCUCCACACAAACAGGAUCAUCAUCAUCAACAACAUUUGGGAGGUUACAAGUUUAACAGCAGAAAAUUGAUGGAAACGGCCUCGAAUGGUGAAGGAAAGGCAGGGUAUUACGUUUAUGAAUGCAAGACUUGUAACCGAACAUUCCCAUCAUUUCAAGCAUUGGGAGGUCACAGGGCUAGUCACAAGAAGCCUAACAACAAGUCCUCCUCCAUUGAAGAGAAGAAAAAACAGUUCGACUCGUCCUCGGACAAAGAAUUAGAUAAACGUUACAAGAACAUCUCUUCACUUUCUCUUCAAUUGAGUCACAAUACCAGAAAUUUGUACAAGGUUGGUGGUGGUGGUGGUGGUGGUGGUGGUGGUGGAAAUAAUAAUAAGGUUCAUGAAUGCUCUGUUUGUGGAGCAGAGUUUGCAUCGGGGCAGGCCCUAGGAGGUCACAUGAGGCGUCACCGGUCGAGUAGUGUUGGGACGAUAAACAACAAAGCCUUGACAUCGACUCCAACAACAAUAACAACAAAAGCAACAAUGGAAUUGGAAUCGGAGCAAGUUAAGCGGCCAAGAAAGGUACUUUCAUUGGAUUUGGAUCUGAAUCUUCCUCCUUCUACCCCUCAAGACGAUAAUCACAACAGUGAAUCCAAAUUCGCCUUCGCUUCCAAGCAACAGCAGCAAUCACCCAAUAUUUUCUUCUCCACCCCGGCCUUGGUUGACUGUCAUUACUAACAAGGUUAAUUGCCUACAAUUUGACCAAUUCUUGAAGCUGAAAUCAAUGUUGAUUACAGAGAUUCAUUUGUUUUCUUUUGUCAAACAUAUUUUUAUAAUUCCCAGAUUAGAACAUUCUU